GACUCGCUGAGCCCUGCUCGCUGUGCUCAGUGCUCGGCAGUGCUUGCGCGGCUGCCGGAGUGACCUCUCACACCGCCCUCUCCAGACAAGCCUAACCCUUGGAAUGCGCAGCUCUCUUCCUCACGCUCUCCCGAAGAGCACGGAAAGAAGCCGGCCCACAGUCUGACGACAGACUCCCUCUGCAGCUAAGCUGAUUUAUCACCGAAUUGCAUCCUGCUUCACAAAAGCACUCUAGGAUCUGGGAGGCUGCAGCCAUGCUCCCUCCCCAGGCUCUCCUGCCUGCUGUGGUGUUUGCACUCACCGCCCUUCAGGCCCUUGCCUCCGACACCUUCAUCGCGGCCGUCUACGAGCACGCUGUCGUCCUGCCAGAGCCCACCGACAAGCCCGUCUCUCCCAGCCGUGCUUUGGCCCUGAUGAACAAAAACAUGGAUGUCUUGGAAGGGGCCAUCAAGGAAGCUGCCCGGCAGGGUGCCCACAUCAUUGUGACUCCUGAAGACGCCAUCUAUGGCUGGCAAUUCACAAGAGAAUCCAUCUACCCCUACCUGGAGGAUAUCCCUGAUCCGGCGGUGGACUGGAUUCCCUGCACUGACCCCUCAAGAUUUGGUCCAGCACCAGUGCAGGAACGACUCAGCUGCAUGGCCAGAAAUAACUCCAUCUACGUGGUUGCAAAUAUCGGGGACAAGAAGCUGUGUGACUCCAGUGACCCCAAGUGCCCCGAGGACGGUCGCUACCAGUACAAUACGGAUGUUGUCUUUGACACGCAGGGGAAACUGGUGGCUCGUUACCACAAGUAUAAUCUCUUUGUAGUAGAAAGUCAGUUUAAUUAUCCAAAAGAGCCACAAGCUGUCACCUUUGAGACUCCUUUUGGGAAAUUUGGCAUUUUCACUUGCUUUGACAUCCUUUUCUAUGAGCCUGCUGUGGUCCUGGUGAGCAAGAUGCAGGUGGACACCGUGCUCUUCCCAACAGCUUGGAUGAAUUUCCUGCCCUUUUUGACUGCAAUUGAGUUUCACUCUGCCUGGGCUAUGGGCAUGCGUGUCAAUGUCUUAGCUGCCAAUACUCACAACACCAGCAUAGAAAUGACAGGUAGUGGCAUUUAUACACCAGCUGGAGCCAAAACAUACUUCUACAACAUGGAAACUGAAGAUGGUCGCCUCCUCAUUGCUGAACUAGAUGCACACCCUCGUCUUUCUCCUGCAUCCCCGCCUGCUGUCAGCUGGAACUCAUAUGCUUUGAGUGUUGAAAAAUUCUCACAGAAUGACCAUGAAUUCACAGGAGUCAUCUUUGACGACCCCUUUACUUUCAUGGAGCUCUCUAAGCCUGAGGGAAAUCUCACUGUCUGCCAAAAAGACCUCUGCUGUCACUUGAGAUACAAGAUGGCAGAGAAAAGAGAUGACGAAGUUUAUGUGCUGGGCGUUUUUGAUGGCCUUCAUGUUACUGAAGGACAAUACUAUCUGCAGAUCUGCACUCUGCUCAAGUGUCCCAGCACAAACCUGAGCAUGUGUGGGGAGUCUGUGGAGACGGCUCAGACCAAGUUUGAGAUGUUCUCCCUCAGUGGCACGUUUGGCACCAGCUACGUCUUCCCAGAAGUGCUGUACAGCGGGGUGCAGCUGGCCCCCGGGGAGUUCGAGGUGCUAACUGAUGGACGUCUGAUAAAUCGGAAUACUACAUCAAAGGCAGUUUUGAGUGUAACACUCUUAGGGAGGUGGUAUGAGAAGGACCCACCACACACAGAUCAAGCUUCACCAUGAUUUCACUGCAGAUCCUUCAAGCUUUCAUCUGCUUGUUUCUGUGAUGAUAAUUAAUCCCAAAUAAUGGUAAUUAAUACUAACAUUGAUAAUUAAAAUGGCAUUCUGUUUCUCAAAUUGCCUUAUCUAACAGCAUAGUCACUGCAUUUGGAUUUGCUGACUUGAUUUUGCAGAAAAAAAUCAAUACUCUGAGGGGCUGGUGUGUAUGUGUUUGUAUAUGUGGCUUUGGUUGGCAUAGGCUUGGCCUUAACACUGGGAACAACAGAAAAUAAAUUCCUCUAAUUUCAGUAGUGUAGGAUUCAGUGGAUUGUGUCUGAAUAAAAAGCAGUUUUUAAUAAUUUGAAAUUUUUGGUGGAGUAUUAGCAGCAUGACACUGUUCCCAGCCCAUUUCUGAAUGCACACUUUUGUAAACAAGAGAGUACCAGAACUUUUGAAGAUUCUAAUUUCCUUUGAAAAAGAAAACAACCCUCAAAACCAUGUGCCUUGAAAAAACAUUUGUUCAUCUCAGCACACAGCAAUGUGUUAUCAUACCACAAUACUUCAUGAGGGAGGAGUCCACUUUAAUCUUCCUGGCCACAUUUUUAGGAUAUGGAAAAUCUCCCUAGCACAGAAUUGCUGGUGACUCUUUAUAACACAAAUGCUCAAAACAAGCAAUUUCUCAGGAGCAUGUUUGUCUUCUCAUGGAAUGGUUGCUCCUCCAGUGUGAGGGAGGGUUGGGACUGUGCCGGCAGGUUUUGAGAAAGGGGGGUGAACAGCUGGAGCAGGUAGGACACGCUGGCACGUGUGCAGAUGUGAGCCCUGCAGGCUGUAUUUUUUAGGCAAGUGGACCAGAUUAUUUUGUGUUUCCCAGCUAAGAGUUCUACGUGUGCCUGAUUCUGUUGUUUGUUCUGCAGGCAUGUUUUGAAGCACAAACAAUGUUUACAUUUAAUCUGACCAACAUAAUUAAAAAAUAUAGACUCGUAGGAGGAGAAACACAUUAGUGUUUUUUUACAGUGGAAUGUUUUAAAAGUAAGAUUGUAGUCUGUGAAAGGAGCAAACUGAAUCCCGCUACAAUUCAUGUAGGAGAAGUAAUGGGAAACAGUCUACUCGUGGGGAAGGAAAAGCGCUGCAUCUUUAAAUUUCUAUCUGCGCUCUAGGGAAAAGGUGUCCUGUUACGGCAUCAGUAAGAUAACUAUGUGCUGUUGGCAGCAGUGAGCGCCUCCUGACUCGCUGAGCCCUGCUCGCUGUGCUCAGUGCUCGGCAGUGCUUGCGCGGCUGCCGGAGUGACCUCUCACACCGCCCUCUCCAGGCAAGCCUAACCCUUGGAAUGCGCAGCUCUCUUCCUCACGCUCUCCCGAAGAGCACGGAAAGAAGCCGGCCCACAGUCUGACGACAGACUCCCUCUGCAGCUAAGCUGAUUUAUCACCGAAUUGCAUCCUGCUUCACAAAGUCCUGAAUGAUGGAAGCUUGAUAAGUAAGAAAAAACCAUCGAAACCAGUCAUUACUGUGAUGCUCUUUGGAUGGUGGUAUAAAAGGGAUCAUCUGAAGCAAGACCCACAAUCAACAUGCCUCCCGCAUAAUAUUUCCAUAACUGAAGCCCUACAUUGUUAUUCUGAUGUCCAAAUGACAUACAGUAUCCUCUACAACAAGAAUCCCAAUUGUGCUGCUCAUUUCCAGUUGCAAAAA